AUGGGUUCCCUGUCCCCUUCCUCUCCUUCCUCAUCCUCCUCCUCCAGCUCACGAAGAGCAACACGUAUCUGGCUUCCAGUCUUAACCAUCCUCCUCCUCCUAACCCUCAUCCACUUCCUCCUUCCCCCCUCACACUCCACCGGAUCCAUCCAUCAACCCAAUUACAGCAAUGCGGAUUUAAAAGCGAAGAAUUACCUGAAUUUGAGCGAACCCGUCAUCCCUAACCCAUUCGACUUUUGUCCGAGUUAUAGUCCUGGCGAUAGGAUCGGCGCAAAGUAUGGCGCUGUUACGCUUUCGAAGAGUAGGAUGCAUUUGGGCAGUGGGGCGAGGAUUCAGAGGGUUUUGAAUAAGGCGCUGGCGGGGCAGAGUGUUACGAUUUCUGUUUUGGGCGGUUCAGUGUCAGCAUGCCACGGCGCAGGGGACGACCCUAUAUCCCCCACAUGCUACCCAUCCCGCUUCUUCCAGUGGUGGAACACAGUUUUUCCACACCCAGCUACGGAACUGACAAACGGCGCUUUGAGACGCACGAAUUCGGGAUACUUUGGGUAUUGUAACUCGCACCAUCUACCAGAUCAGACGGAUUUGGUUAUUAUUGAGCUGGAUACGGAGGAUGAACCGAACCAAGACAUGAUGGAUCACUUUGAGAUCCUCAUCCGCUCCAUCCUCAUCAGGCCCGACAAACCCGCCGUCCUCCUCCUCGGCCAUUUCUCACCACAAACACAUCAAACACACGGUUUCGCAGGGCCAGACCACUGGCACAACAUCGUCGCGCAAUUCUACGACGUCCCACACGUCUCUGUCAAAUCUGCCCUCUUCCCCGAUUACAUGCGUGACCCCAAGUCUGUCCAGAAGUACUUUGUCGAUCCCGUACUCGCUAGCCCUGCGGGGCAUGAACUCAUCUCGGAGAUACUCGUGGCGUACUUCCAGAGCCAGAUAUGUACGGCGUGGAGCGUGGCUACUGGGUCGUCGUACGAAGCUGUCCCAGUGCACACCGCAGGGUCUGAAGGAGGCGCUGGUGAUGCACAUGGGCUAUUCGGGGGCAUCGGUCAGCGCCCUGGAGUCCCUGAGCCAGAAAAGGCUGCUGCUGCUGCAGCAGCUAUGAAAGACCGAGGGGACUCGUCUUCCUCCUCCUCCUCCUCUUCCGCUCAGCUCCUCACUGUCCCUUCUGGCCGAAUCAACACCCGACCAAACGGGAACCGUCCCUUCGAAGAGAUCGCACCGUUCUGCGUCUCCGCAAACGACCUCAUCAACCCCCUACCACCGUCGCUGUUCUACGGCUCGGGGUGGUAUGCUCACCAUCCGAGUGGGAGUGGUGGGGAUGCGCUGAUUACGGCUGCGCAUUAUUGGCAUUCGGCGCUUCCGACGAGCAAGUUGAGGAUACCGAUGCAGGUUGGUGGCGGGGAUAUUGGGGUGUAUUAUUUGAGGGAGCCGGUGGGUGUUGUUGGGGAGGGGAGUUCGGUUGAGUGUUGGGUUGAUGAUAAUUAUGCGGGUGCGAAGGUUAUUGAGAAUGCGGCGGAUAUUGGGGAUGCUAUACCUACGUUGAAUAUGAUCGACCAUUAUGUUGGAAGAGGUUCUCAUUUCGUGGAAUGUCAGUUGUUGGGUGAGGAAGGACAGAGUGUGCCGAUGUUCAAGAUCAUUGGGAUUUUCGCGACGUAA